GUUUGAUGUCUUUAUAAGAAAAUGAAAUGUCACUGAACAUAGUACUUAAGGACAUAAGUACUUAAGUGUUAUUAACAUUGCUCAAUAUCUGUUAAAAUAAUAUUGCAUUUUUAAAAGAAUGACAAGGAUAAAAUGAGGCAGAGCCCAUACCACCCCUGCCCCAUGUAUUCUUUACGUUGUCAAGUUUUUAGUUUAUGAGUGCAUAUAUGCAUAUUUUCAGUCAUAUCAAUAAAUCAUGGUACAAGUCAGAUUAUAGGAAGUGAGUUCCCCAAGCUCAUUUAAGUCCACAUUUCCUUGAGCAGGCUUUCCUUUUGCAUAUAUUUCUAAAGGGGAUAAACAAAGUUUUUGUAGUUACAGUGAAAGCUAAAAGCAUGGCAUCAGAAAGUGUAUGGAGAUAGGGAGGUCUUAUCAUGGGCUGUGGUUGCUGUGAGCAGGGCUGCCUUCCCACACAAAGAACAGAUUGUGGUUUAACUCUUUCCAUGGCCUAGUUUAAUGUGCUCGCAUAGUAACUGAAUUGUUCAAAUCUCUGCUGGAAACUACUGAUCAGUUUAAUGAUUUCCUCUAUGGCAUUUGGUUAUGCCUCAUGCUGUGAUGUAAUCAUCUGCAUUCUGUAUUGUUAUAAAAUUUUGAUUCAUACUUAUUCUGUUGUAGAAACAUUUUAUAGUAAUACAUUAGAACACUUGAUAACUACACUAUUGAUUGGAUGGGACAUGCACCUCUUCUGUAUCUGAACUGCAAACUGCUAACAUGUUGCAGCCUUUAGCAUUAAAACUUUGAAUUUCAUUUUAAAAUGCAUUCAUAGCUAUAUGGAAUUUUUUUGACCCCUUCUUUGUUAGAGAGUCAUUAGUUGUACUUUCGUCACCUUUACCUAAUGGAAUUAAUUAGUCUGCUGGUUAAAUAGAAUUUAUUACAAAUAAUUCAGGGUAAUUAACAUGAGUUAGUAAAUACUAACUUGGGAUACAGUCAGUUAGAGCAAGUUAUUUUGUGGUUGGGAUGUCAAUAUAGUCAAUGUGAUCAUUAAGUGGUCCAGUGGAAGUUUUCAUUCGAUUCAGAUCUUGGUUUAUUGCAUGUAUACGGUGUGCCUGCACAGGACUUUAAACUCUUUCUCUGAACAGUAAUAGGCCUAAGUUUAUAAGGCAGGUUUUACCUAAAUCAGGAAGUAAUGAAACACUGACUGUAUUCGGAAGUAACUUGAAAUAUCUGUAGGUAAAGAUUAUCUAACAUUCCUCACCGCCCCCUCCCUUAAAAAGAGGCUUGGAUGAAACAGGCAGGACAAAUACAGGAGCCUACCGGUAAACCACUUAAUUCAAAAGAUGGGUACUAUAUAAUCUAUACACAUGUGGAUUCAUAAGCACAUGCAUGUGUACACUCACAGCUCUAUCCGAGAAUUCAUCUACAUGGCAAAAGAAUUGUCUGGAUUCCACAAAAGCAGUAACUGACCAGCAGUACACUCCUGGUGUCACCCUGCCACAGCAUGCAGAGACACAAAGAAUGUAAAGUUGGUGCCAAGUUGCCAUUUUUCAUUGUUCACCUCAGAUUGAUUUUUAAGGGGUUUAGAAUAAUUGCUAUACUCAUGUGAUCAGUUAACAAAUUAACUGACUCUGUGGGGCUUCAUAUUCUAUAGGGAAGCUGCUGGAAGAACAUUCAUGUAAUUUUUGUUUUCAACUUUGAAAACUUCUAUUUAAAAAUGCAAGAGUGUGUGUGAGAGAGCAUGAGAGUGAGAGAGAGAGAGAAUUGGGAGCUGGUGUUAUUGGUGCAGGGAGAGAAUGCACUGCUCAAAGUAUGGAAACCUUCUGUUCAGGACACCGAUACGACAAGCUGUGUCCUUUGCCCACUUUCCCUCACUGUAUACCGGUUUCUCUAGUUACCACUCUUGGAAUGGUGCUGUUUCAGUGUUGGAAUGUUGGACGUUUGAUAAGAAAAUGGAUCAAGUUUAAUGGCGCAUGCUCUUUGUGCCACCAGCAGCCUCUUGCUGAGAGCAUGCUCCAAAAGCGGGAACUGUGUGGCAUUACACUGAGCAUCUAUAUGCUUUGUGUUUCUGUGCCACAGAGAAGAGAAAUGAACUGUGGCAUCGCUCCUGCCUUCUGAACAGCUCUGCUUCGGUUAAAAAAAAAUCUCACUGUGUUCUUUGUAAAAUGGAUGAAUUUCACCCAUUCAUCGAGGCACUUCUUCCACAUGUCCGUGCAAUCGCCUAUACUUGGUUCAACCUGCAGGCUCGAAAACGCAAGUACUUUAAAAAGCAUGAGAAGCGAAUGUCAAAGGAUGAAGAAAGAGCAGUCAAAGAUGAGCUUCUCAGUGAAAAGCCUGAAAUCAAACAGAAGUGGGCAUCCAGGCUCCUGGCCAAACUACGCAAAGAUAUUCGCCAGGAGUAUCGAGAGGACUUUGUGCUCACCGUGACUGGCAAGAAGCACCCGUGCUGUGUCUUAUCCAAUCCCGACCAGAAGGGUAAGAUUAGGAGAAUCGACUGCCUGCGACAGGCAGACAAAGUCUGGCGUCUGGAUCUAGUCAUGGUGAUCCUGUUCAAAGGCAUCCCCUUGGAAAGUACCGAUGGAGAGCGGCUCAUGAAAUCCCCACAUUGCACAAACCCAGCACUUUGUGUCCAGCCACAUCAUAUCACAGUAUCAGUUAAGGAGCUUGAUUUGUUUUUGGCAUACUACGUGCAGGAGCAAGAUUCUGGACAAUCAGGAAGUCCAAGCCACAAUGAUCCUGCCAAGAAUCCUCCAGGUUACCUUGAGGAUAGUUUUGUAAAAUCUGGAGUCUUCAAUGUAUCAGAACUUGUAAGGGUAUCCAGAACGCCCAUAACCCAGGGAACUGGAGUCAAUUUCCCAAUUGGAGAAAUCCCGAGCCAACCAUACUAUCAUGACAUGAACUCGGGGGUCAAUCUUCAGAGGUCGCUAUCUUCUCCACCAAGCAGCAAAAGACCUAAAACUAUAUCCAUAGAUGAAAAUAUGGAACCAAGUCCUACAGGAGACUUUUACCCCUCUCCAAAUUCACCAGCUGCUGGAAGUCGAACAUGGCACGAAAGAGAUCAAGAUAUGUCUUCUCCGACUACUAUGAAGAAGCCUGAAAAGCCAUUGUUCAGCUCUACAUCUCCACAGGAUUCUUCCCCAAGACUGAGCACUUUCCCCCAGCACCACCAUCCCGGAAUACCUGGUGUUGCACACAGUGUCAUCUCAACUCGAACUCCACCUCCACCCUCACCGUUGCCAUUUCCAACACAAGCUAUCCUUCCUCCAGCCCCAUCGAGCUACUUUUCUCAUCCAACAAUCAGAUAUCCUCCCCACCUGAAUCCUCAGGAUACUCUGAAGAACUAUGUACCUUCUUAUGACCCAUCCAGUCCACAAACCAGCCAGCCUAACAGCAGUGGUCAAGUAGUAGGGAAAGUGCCUGGCCAUUUCACUCCUGUCUUGGCACCCUCUCCCCAUCCCAGUGCAGUGCGACCUGUGACCCUGACCAUGACAGAUACUAAACCCAUCACUACAUCCACUGAAGGUGAGGCAGCUUCACCUACAGCAACCACCUACACAGCCUCAGGCACAUCUCAAGCCAAUCGAUAUGUGGGACUAAGCCCAAGAGACCCAUCCUUCCUACAUCAGCAACAGCUGAGGAUUUGUGACUGGACCAUGAAUCAAAACGGCAGGCAUUUAUACCCCAGUACCAGUGAGGAUACAUUGGGAAUUACUUGGCAAAGUCCUGGUACCUGGGCUAGCUUGGUUCCUUUCCAAGUGUCAAAUAGGACACCCAUCUUACCGGCAAAUGUCCAAAAUUACGGUUUGAACAUAAUUGGAGAACCUUUCCUUCAAGCAGAAACGAGCAACUGAGGGAAAAAGAAAUACAACAAUAGUUUAAGAAAUUUAAAAAAAAAAAAAAAGGAAAACAGGAAGACUGGACAAAACAAAACAAAACAAAGGGAGAAAGGAAAGAAACUGAAGAAAGAAGAUAAUAGACCAGCAAUUGCAGCACUUACAAUCACUAAUUCCCUUAAGGUUGAAACUGUAAUGACAUAAAAAGGGUCGAUGAUAUUUCACUGAUGGUAGAUCGCAGCCCCUGCAACGUAGCCUUUGUUACAUGAAGUCCGCUGGGAAAUAGAUGUUCUGUCUCUAUGACAAUAUAUUUUAACUGACUUUCUAGAUGCCUUAAUAUUUGCAUGAUAAGCUAGUUUUAUUGGUUUAGUAUUCUUGUUGUUUACGCAUGGAAUCACUAUUCCUGGUUAUCUCACCAACGAAGGCUAGGAGGCAGCGUCAGAGGUGCUGGGUGACAGAGCCAUGAGCCAGCCAUUUUAUAAGCACUCUGAUUUCUAAAAGUUAAAAAAUAUAUAUAUAAAAUCUCUGUAGCCUUUAGUUAUCAGUACAGAUUUAUUAAAUUUUGGCCCUUAACCCAGCCUUUUCCAGUGUGUAACCCAGUUUGAAAUCUUAAAAAAAAAAAAAAAAAAAAAAAACAGAAAAAAAAAAGAAAAAAAGGAAAAAAACAGUUUGAACACAAAGGCUCUAUGGAAGAAAUGCCUCUAUGUAGGUGAAGUGUUAUCUCUGCAUGCAACAGUAAAAAUUAAUAUAAUAUUUUCCCCACAAAAGAAACACUUAACAGAGGCAAGUGCAAUUUAUAAAUUUAUAUCUAAAGGGGAAUCAUGACUAUAAGUCCUUCAGCCCUUGGACUCUAAAUUGAGGGGAUUAAAAAGAAUUUAAAAUAAUUUUGAGCGAAUUUAUUUUCCCCUCAGUUUUUGAGGGCAUUAAAAAGGCAUUAAAUCAAGACAAAUCAUGUGCUUGAGAAAAAUAAAAUUAAGGAAAACACAGCACUUAUGUUGGUUUAGCUGCAGCCUCCUUGGAGGUAGAAUUUAUUUAUUUAAAAUUACUGGUUGCAUCAAGAACCCAUAGGGUGUACAAAAGGUUCUAUAAAAUCUGCAUUAUAGAGACAAAGAGGCAGGCAAAUCCAUGUCACAAGGGUAAAGCUUACAGUUUACAAACUGGGAACGCCAGGGUGUAGGAUAUAAAAACGCACUCUUGAGAAAACAAAUGUAAUCAGGGUGCUGAAAACUUGCAUGGUGCUUUCAGACAUUAGCCUUGUUCAACAAAUUUCUUGUAUUGACAGAUCCAUAGUGUGCAUGGGCAGACACAUUUUGCCUCUAUGUCUCUUAAAAUUUUAAUUAAAAAUACUCUUUCCAGUAAUCCUAAUUUGCACGAAGAUAUAAUGUCCACAUUACGUGCCUUGCCUUGAAAUCUAAAAAACAAAAAACAAAAAAACAAAAAAAAACAAAAAAGUGACAUCACUACACUUGUUUUGCUGCAUUUAUUAUCAUUUUAAAUCUUUACCAUUUUUAUGACAAAAUAUUUUGUACUCCAGACGAAGAAAAAUGUGUGACAUCAUGGAUUUUUUAGACAGUUAUACCUUUAUCUCACAUUUAUAAAGCAUAUCAUGGCUGUGUAUAGUUGCCGCUUAAAAAUUGUAAUCGACCAGCAAUAUUUUCAGUAUUUUGGUGUUUUUUUCUAUUAACCUUUCAUGUUUUUCAUCUUCCAAUUAAUAUUUGGGGGGGAGGGGUUUCAAAUUUAUACGAAUUAUGCAAUACCAAGUUUUGCCUAUGUAGGUAGUGCUUUUAGCUGUAUUGGUUAUUAUAGGUAAGUACACAGAUUUAAAAAAAAAUAAUGUAUGCUUUUUUUUUUGUUUGUUUGUUUUAAUUGACCAAAGUGGGUACUGCUAUUUUUGCAGUGUGAUGAGGUCCUUUUGUGUACUGAGAGAUGGACAGGGGAUUUUUUUUUAAUAUACAUAUAUAUAUAUUCUGGGGUGGGUGGGAGGAUUUUUAACACUUUACAGUGUAGCUGUGAAGCAGUGCACCCUGAGAUGGGCCUGGGCUGCAAAGCAACUGUUCUGCCUACUGUGACAAACUUCAACUUACACAGGUUCCCCCUCUCUGACUUCCCACCUGGGGUGCAAGCUGAACUCAUUUCUGGUUUUCAUAACAACAAAAUAGUAAGAACGAGCAAACACAACCGAUUCUCCUGGAGGCAGACUUGACUUAAAAAGGCAGACUUGGCUUGGUGAUAGUUUUCCUUGAAAGUUUUAAGAUCCACAGUGAAGAGUGAGCCUGUCUCAUAUUUGGCAAAGACAUUUGUCGAAAUGUCCACAUAGAGGAUGUUGGACGUUUCAAGCUUUUGGGUUUAACAUGUGAAUAUACUUUCUCCUACAAGACACAUUAGAUCAGUUGGAAGGAGUGCUCCUGUAUUCUUUCCCUGCCACUUUUUGUCCCCAUUUCUUCAUGGAUGAUAGCAUAUGAUUUACCUGUGACUUACUACUUCAAAUGGAUGGCAGUGCACUUGGAUUGUUUUAUUUUUGUUUUUUUUUAUUGUUGUUUUUGAUAUACAGAAGAUUGAACAGAGGAUUGCUAUGAUUGAAUGUAUUUGGACUGAUAGAUUAAAAUCAAAGUUCAAUUUUUAAGGAACACACAAAAAAAUAAAUCUUGUUAAGUUUUCAUUUUACCUGCCCUUUUAAAACUGAGAACCAGAGCAGAAAGGAAAUAUAGAGUUUUAAGAAAUUAAUCUUCCUGUGGAUGAAUUAAACCCAUUAGAUGCUGAUGGGAUUUUUUAAAAGAAGGGUACCUCAAAUAUAUAUAUUUGAUUUAGUUUUGAGGGCUAGAGGGUGAAUGGAGGCUGGUUUUACUUUGCCCCCUCCCUCACCCCCAAGUUCCACUGAGUGAAUUCAUUACUGGAAGGAAAAUCUUUCAGAAUUAGUGACACACGGUAGGCUGUCUUAAGGAGCCCCCUGACCCCCUUUCCCUAGGCCAUGGCCUAAUAAAAUAAACUGUCAAUUGUUCUCACAGCAUAUCAUUUAAUAAUGAAUACUUUAGAACAAUGCUUAUGGGCUGGAGAAUUGUAUUAGAUUAGCCCAUUCAGUCUGAUAGCCCAAAUGCUGAAUAGCACAGCGGGAUCCCAGCAGUGCAAGUUCAAAAGUAAGUCCAAUCAUUUCUGUGAUACUUGCCCUAGUAGAAAACAGAUAAUCUCAGCCAAGCUCGUCAUGUAUCUUUGACCUAUUAGGUAAACAAAUCAACCUCACAGGACAACACAGUAUUUUUUAAGGGCAGACUUGCUCUUUUUUUUUGCCAGUGAAUGAGCAGUUCUAGCUAAAUAAGUUACACACUGUGGGUAUCCCUGCCUGCCUCUUGAAUACAAAGGCCUAGUUCAAGUGUUGCUUUUUUAUUUUAAAUUCAUUUUUUUUCUUCUUUCCUUUCGAGAUAAAACUAUUAAAAGUACUACUAUAUAUAUAAAUUCUCAAAUCCAUUUUUCAGCCUCCACCUCUUUUACCAGGAAGUAUAUUCGGACGAAGGGCCCCACUUUUGCAGGUCUUGCACGCCCCUCCCUUACCCAGAACUGCAGAGCUUCAGGAUGGUGAAGGUCACCCAAGGGCAUCAGUAGGUGGUGGUUCCAGCCACCGGUUCCACGGCACUGUUGCAACCCACCACUCACAGUGCCUCUGAAGCGUAUUUCCCCUGGAGUGACGUGAGCAUUUGAGGCU